AUGUGCCUAAGGCGGCAUGUAAGCAAACUGUGCACGCUAAGAGAAGAGAAGAGGAGAGAUGCUCGCAAUGACUACCACAAGAAAGCCGCCCCCUAUCUUCGAAAGUGGCCCGUCACUUCGUUCGUACCUUCUUGGCUUAGGCUUUCAACUGAACAACAUGGCGCCCCGCCGCUAGCAGAAGCUAAGCGCUUGAAAAGCGCGCUAAGAAACCUUGCUUCUGUCGGCCUUUCUGUGCAACAGUCCACCAGUAGCGGAAGAGAGGGUUACCGUACAUACAAGAGUAUUCCAGUUCUUACGGAAGCUCUUUCUUACCAGUCAAGUAGUACAACAGCUCUAUCUUACAGCCCGGCGCGGCGGGUCGCCUUUUGA